CCCAAUUCCACACCCUAACGUGACCCACUUUUUCCCAUUUCCUUAUAAAAGGCAGGGUUCUCUAAGAUUCGCAGAGUUUUCCCCUUUUGGUUUAUAAUUUCUAGGAUAAUUUCUCCGCCUAACAAAAUUAAGAUCAAUUUUAAUGGCUGCAUCCUCAUUCGAUUCUCUUCCGUCAUCGUCUUCGUUGAUCUGUUUGGUUUCUUCUUCGCUUCGGUUUUGUUUUGUCGAUCGUUUUUUAAUUUCUAAGCUUUCUUCUCAUCUUCAGAUUCUUAGUCAACCUUUUACCUGUUAUUGACAUAAUAAAAAAGUAAAAUCCAAUCGAAUAGGAAUCGUCUCCAACAUGGGAAAACGUAAAACUCAGCGUAAGAAUGCGACGAUGUUAGAUAGUGACGAUGAUAAUAGUAGUGUAAGUUCAUCGUCAACCACGCGUUCUGAUAGAAUGUCGGUGUCUGCUUCUGAAGAAGUAGAGUUUAAUAAGGAUAGUUUACUUGAUGAAGCUGUUGAUGCUUUAUAUGAAAAGAGGGGUUCUACACGGGAGAAGGCCUUGGCAGUGAUUAUUGAGGCUUUCAAUAGCAAUUUGCAACAGGGCCAGCAGUUCGUGGAGAGGAAAUUUGCUACAUUACUGCAUCAGUGUUUGAAUUCUAUCAAAAAGGGGUCCAGCAAAGAGAUAUCUUUGGCAUCCCAUACCAUUGGGUUGCUGGCCUUAACUGUUGGUCCAGGAGAUAAUGCACGGGAAAUUUUGGAAGAAUCAAUGAUUCCUCUUUCACAGGCUUUUAAAUCUGGUUCUGAUCCUUCUAAGACAGCUUCAUUACUGGAGUGUAUGGCUGUCAUCACAUUUGUUGGGGGCGAUGAUCCAGAAGAUACAGAAAAAUCAAUGCAAAUUAUAUGGCAAGUGGUUCAUCCUAAAUUAGGUUCUAACGUGGUUGCUGUGAAGCCUUCUGCAGCUGUAAUAACAGCAGUUGUGUCUGCGUGGUCAUUUCUUCUGACAACCAUGGAUGGUUGGAGGCUUAGUCCGAAACUUUGGCAAGAGUCCAUUACAUAUUUGUCUAGUUUGCUAGAUAAGGAUGACCGAUCUGUCCGCAUUGCUGCUGGUGAAGCACUGGCAGUAAUUUUUGAGAUGGGAAGCUUAGAAAAAUUUGCUGCCGAAACUAAAGGUUCCAGUGAUGGCUCAGUUUCAGAAGGAAAUAAAUCUAAAGAAGGAUUCUCAUAUAUACAAGGACUGAAGGGAAAAAUUUUGAAUCAAGUCAGAGACCUCUCAGUGGAAGCUGGUGGUAAAGGUUCUGCCAAGAAAGAUCUCAACAACCAGAGGAACUUGUUUAAAGAUGUGUUAGAGUUCCUUGAGGAUUGUUAUAGUCCCAACACAUCAAUGAAGAUUGGUGGGGACUUACUGCAGACAUCAUCAUGGUCUCAGUUGAUUCAGUUGAACUUUUUGAGGUGCUUUCUUGCUGGAGGCUUCACUAAACACAUGCAGGAAAAUGAAUUCCUACAAGAUAUUUUUGGGUUCACUCCAAAUAAAAGGAAUCUUCUAGGCAGUGAACAUAUGUCCAACGGUGAGAAGAGAAUGUACAAGUCACCGAAUUCAGCCCUCAACAAAGCAAGAACCCAGCUAUUGAAUAAGCAGCGGAUGCUAUCUGCGGGUAGGAACUUUGGGCACUAUGCUGUUAAUGUAGGCGAUGAAGAUUCAUAAGCUGCUGCCAAGCCAGAGCAGGAACACCAUUAGUUCACCUGAUACGCCAACAUAUUGUAAUCUAAAUCUGAUAAGCGACGAACCAUUUUGGUUGUAUUGGCGUGGCUUCAUAUCAAAUAAACUUCAUUCUUGUUGUACUCUUUAUGUGAUUUAUUUAAAGGCAUAUUCCUGUCAUGAUUCAUCA